AUGAAAAUAUGUACUUUUGAUAUAUUCUUAUAUUGGAUAUUUGUACAAUUAGUUUGCGUUAAAAGCUAAUGUGAAGAAAUUCUUGAUUAAUCAGUUUGUAAUUCAAAUGAUUUAUGUGAAUGGAAUUAUUGGAAACCAUCAUUAUGUCAAAAUAUUUGUAGUUCAUUAAUAAAUGAAAGUACUUGUAAUUUAGCAGUGAAUUGUUAGUGGUCAGAAAACUCAUCAUCUUGUUUCAUAAAAAAGUGUACAGAUGAAAAGAAUAAGGAUAAAUGUGCUUAGAUUGUAAUAAUUGUAAUUUAUUUAGGUUGCUUGUUUUUGGUCAAAAGAUGUAUGUUGGGAUUCUUCUUGUGUUUAACUAUAAGCAGAAUAAGCUGGUAAGUGUCCGAUUGCAUAUUGUAUUUGGAAUGAGAAAAGGAAGCUCUGUUAUGAUAAGAAAUGUUCAGACUAUUAUAAUUAAUAUGAUUGCUCUCAAAUGUCAUUUUGCUCUUGGUAUAAAUACAAGUGUUUAGAUAAUGGCAAUAAGAAGCUUGAUUUUUGA